UCGCAUGUUUUUCGGGAUGCGGUUUCCGCUGUUUACCAUUUCACGACCCCGGUCGUCAAUAGUCGGGCUAUUCGAAAAAACUGGGAGAUAGCGCCUGGAGUUCGUCUUCCUCUUGCAAUGUACACAAAAGCUGUGAUGGCUAAAAAUCCUUUGAAGAGUGUACUCGUCAAUGAGGAGGGAGUGGAGAUGCAUAGACAGACUCGUUUUUUGAGUACCUCUAAAAACGUCAGUGCUGCGGCAGAGUCGGAUGCAGAACUCGAUGAUCUUGAAGAUGAAGAAAAGAGAAUUCAAGUUUACUACUUCGGAGACACGAAAGUGCCUAUAGGAGAAGAUGAUGAAUCUCGGUACAAUAGACAUAAUUUUAACGAAGGCGAACAAAGAGGCUGCAUGAAACUCAUCCAGUUCACUAAAAGAGAAAACAUAAAGGAAUGCUACUUCAUCGGUCGCAAUUCGUUUGUUGUUGUUCCUGGCUGGGAGAAAAAGACUUCCGAGAGAGAUCUGGAAGCUAUGCGUACGACAUUGUCGCUGAUUUCUGCAAUGUUGGAGAACGACGUCGUGGCCAUCUGUCGAUACGCCCCUGAUGCUGCUAAACAUCUACAGUUAAUGGCCCUUAUUCCUCAUCGGGAUGAAGAGCUCGAUUUUGUUUAUCUUCAAGCUUUACGUCUACCAUUUGCAGAGGAUAUGCGUCCGUUCAAUUUCGUGAAUGUUUCCGAAAGUUGUCCGAAACCGAAUCACAAACAAGUGAAUCUGAUUGACGAACUCAUUGAUGUGAUGCAGUUCAAUGCUGAAAGCGGGUUAAUGGAAGCUGAAUGCGUGUUAAAUCCGUUUUUCCAACGACAAUGUACUGCCAUGAAACUGAAGGCUCUUAACGAUAUCAAAAGUGGAGAUGAUUCGAAAAUCGCUGAUCUCAUUGCGCCAUCGUCGUUCUUAAAGCGUGGUCUCGAACCACAUCCCGAUUUGUUGAAGAAAGCCGAACAUGUCCUGAAUGCUAUUGGUGCGGAUGAUACCGGAUUCAAUCUACAGGAAAUCGUCAAGGCAAAAAGGGUCAAGCAAGAGAUUCGGCAAGAGGAUAUCUCGGAGUGGCUGAGUGAGCUAGAGGCACUUCAGGAUGAUGUGAAGCCAGCCGUAGAGACUAAGAAACGUCCCCAAAAUCGUUAUAUUGAUCGUGCUCGGAGCCGUCUUAGUGAUAACUUCGAAUUCCAUAUGACAUCGUUGUUAGAAGAAGUUGUAGUCAUGGUGUCAGCUGAAGACGAAGAAGCUGAACAACUCCAUGAGGUGAAUUUUUGCGAUUUUUCUAUGUGA